AUGUCACUGACGGUCCUCAAUAUUCCACAUCGUUUUGGCGUUAAGACUGUACCAUCGGAAGUACAGGAAAUGGAGCCGAACUUUAAGCAGGGAAGCUUUUCCACUAUGGAAGAAGAGCAGUACCCUGAGACGGUGAGCAAGCAACGUGGUAUCCCGAGUGGCAGGUCAAGAUUCGAGAAUACGAUUUACCCGGAGAACGAGGGUCCCACAAGAGACUGCGAUAUCUUCGGACUCGGUGAAUUGGACUCCAAGUGGAACUGCGACGGCGAGUCGAAAGCUGGAUUCAGCACAACGACUUUGGAAUACCCAGAGCAAAAGUGUGACGUGUCUGACCUGCAGAGGCAUCGACUGGGUGACGAGAACGUUUCGACAAAUGUUCAGGACUGUAAAAAUGCGGUGGAGGAUUGGGAGGGUGAUGCACGGUCCAGGAUAUCGAAGAAAAGAGUCUCAGCCAUGUACGAAGAGUUGAACGAUAACGAUGAGGAAUGCAGAGCACGAGUACCACUUCCACCUGCUGAAGGGAAUCUUGUCGGCCGUAUCACGGAUGCGGUGAGGAAAAACGAGAGAGUGAAAAGCCGGAAGAAAGUGGUAGAUGACCAAGACCAAACUAAAAUUACAAAGAACGAUGAAGUCUUGGGUCAACUCGGAAAUCAGAUAACAAAACUCGAGAAAUCCAUACGAAUGAUGAAGCCUGAGGUGAACAAGAAAACGCGCUCGAACGGUGUCGGGAAUGAUUACGUCUUGCAGAACAUCGAGAGCUUGUUGAAAGAGAUGAAACGCAGUUUUGAUAAGAUCGAACUUAGUCGAAGACGUAGUUACGCCAAAAAGGAGAAUUGCUUUUUUGAUGAUGACGCUCGCGCCGAAUCAUUGGUUUCCGUCACCGAAGGAUCUUCUUUCAGAAGCGAAGCUAUCGAGAAAGAAAAGUUCGUGGGUCAGCUAGACUUGACCAUUUUAAGGAGUGAAACGCUGCUGGAAGACCAAGAGGAACUAGCACCUAUACUUACCAUAUCUAAGAAGAUAAAAGAGAGAAAGUACGAAAAAUUCGUAAAUCAAAUGAAUCGGAGUUAUUCUUAUCAACUUAAGACAAAUCAUCGGUCGAUCAAUCGCCAAAGGAACAUCUGGGAAGAAACACGACGUCGGCAAAGUCGGAGCCAAGCAGGUUUCUGCGUCGCGGGUUCUCUAGCUGAGAAGGUUGAAAAUAACUACUCGCCUUGCUGCAAUCCGCGUCUGGUAAGACAGUUACUGACAAUCUCAGCUUUCAGUUCUGAUUCUUGGGUGAAAUAA